UUAUAUUAAUCAAACAAAAAACUUUUAAAAAAAUUCCAUGGCUGUUGAUGAGCAGAAAUCAGGUUCUGGGUCUGAAGGCAAGGUUUGGAGUCUGUGUAAAAUGCCGUUUUGGCAAUCAAGCAAUGGUUCUUCUUCGUCUUCUUCAAUGAAUAACAACAAUGUUUAUCAGCAGAACAAUACUCAGCAAGUUGGAAUAAGAUCAGCUGCUCAUUCUUCUAAUGUUUCUACCAUGGCCAAGUCUUUUCUUCCUACCAGGAGAAGACUCAGACUUGAUCCUCCUAACAAGCUCUACUUUCCUUAUGAACCCGGUAAGCAGGUUAGGAGCGCCAUUUCCAUUAAAAACACUAGCAAGUCUCAUGUAGCUUUCAAGUUCCAAACAACUGCACCAAAGAGUUGUUACAUGCGUCCUCCAGGGGGAAUACUUGCUCCUGGUGAAAGUCUUAUUGCAACAGUAUUCAAGUUCGUGGAGCCUCCUGAGAACAAUGAGAGACCAGUAGAUCAGAAGAGCAAAGUCAAGUUUAAGAUCAUGAGCUUAAAGGUGAAAGGAGAAAUGGACUAUGUCCCAGAGCUGUUUGAUGAGCAAAAGGAUCAAGUAGCAGUUGAGCAAAUUUUACGGGUUGUUUUCCUUGACCCAGAACGUCCUAGCCCUGCGUUGGAUAAACUCAAACGUCAAUUGGCUGAGGCAGAGGCUGCCCUUGAGGCACGCAAGAAGCCUCCAGAAGACACGGGACCCCGAAUUGUUGGGGAAGGACUUGUUAUAGAUGAAUGGAAAGAACGAAGGGAAAGGUAUCUGGCCCGGCAGCAGGUUGAAGGGGUUGAUUCUGUGUAAAGUGUUACCUCUUUUUUAAGCACUUGCUUUUGUAGAGCUGAAAUUUCCAACAAGCAAAGUUGCAUUUUUCGGCCUUCUGUCACUGUAAGAAUGUUCAAAAAUUAAGAGGGAUGCCCAAAAAGGUCAAAUUGAAUAUGGUGUUGCUAUUAGAUUUGAGCUGAGUUGUAUUUAGAUGAACUGUAUCUUGUCUAAGUUAUUUGAUUCAGGGUCUUACCCUGCUACUUGUAGAUAUGGGAUUUUGAUUAUUAUGGAAAUUGUUGAUUUUGGCGGAUUCAAA